AUGUAUCCGGCUUAUCGCAUCCCAUCUGGCAAUGUGUCACGUUGGCUAGGCCUCCUUAUAAUGCUUCUAGCAUGUGUAGAAGCAUACGAGAAAAUAUCAGAUAAGACGCUGACCGAACUUCUGCGGCCCAAUAACGACUUCGAUAUUCACAAUGGCGCUUUGUUGUCACCUAUACUAAGGACCCGCGUCCCCGGCACCCCCGGCUCCACCGCGGUGCUCAAUCACUUCGCCGAAUUUUUUCGAACCACAUUGCCUAAAUGGACUAUUGAGGUUCAGAACUCUACAGCCAAAACACCACUAUCAAAGGGGAAGGAGGUACCUUUCCGAAACUUCAUUGCUACUCGUGAUCCUCCUUGGGCCUCGGUUGGUGACGUUGGCCGGCUGACUCUUGUCGCCCAUUAUGACAGCAAGAUAGAACCGGAAGGCUUCAUUGGGGGGAUCGACAGUGCUGCACCAUGUGCGAUGAUUAUGCAUGCCAUGCGCAGUGUCGAUGCUGCGCUGGAGAAGAAAUGGUCCGCGUUGAAGGAGCAGGGACUAAAUGACUACCUCGAAGAGGAGCGGGGUCUCCAGGUUAUAUUCUUGGAUGGCGAAGAGGCCUUUAAACACUGGACUGCCACUGAUUCUCUCUACGGGGCUCGUGCCCUGGCUACACAUUGGGAUGACCAAGUCUAUCCCGCAAUGUCGGAAUUCAAGGGUCCCUUGUCGUCGAUAUCUCUUUUUGUCCUUUUGGAUCUGCUAGGCUCGAAAUCCCCGACAAUUCAAUCUUGGUAUGAGACCACGCACUGGGCUUAUCAAAGCUUAGGCGACCUUGAAAAGAGGUUCAAGACAUUGAAGCAGUUCAAGUCUGCCUCGCCUGAUCCGUGGUUCGUCGAUACCGAGAAGGAUGGAUACAAGCUCUCACCUAUGGGUGGAAUCCAGGAUGACCACAUUCCUUUCCUCGCAAAGGGUGUUGAGAUUCUCCAUCUCAUUGACUAUGCCUCCUUCAAGGGCUUCCCUCCUGUUUGGCACACAAUCGACGAUGACGGCGAGCAUUUAGAUUUGGAUACCGUCGAGGACUGGAGCAUGCUAGUUACCGCAUUCGCUGCGGAGUGGAUGGAGUUGGAAGGAUACUUUGACCAUCCCGCCCCCAGUCCACGCAGUGACGACGAAUCUGCUGAGUUGGAAGCGCUUCUCAUGGACAGGAAGACUGAGUUGUAA